GUUCUUGUGUUCUACGUCAUAUUUUCACUUUGCUGAACAAGGCAAAUAAGGCGGGAAAUAUACUCGAGCUCAUCAUUCUUUGCACGGGAUUUCGUUUAUAAACCACAUGAUGGACACACCCGGCACUAGUUCAUCAUCAGACAAGGAAAGGAUGGAAGCUGCAGAGACUGCUGUUGCCAUUUUGGCUCAGGGAAAGCGCAACAUGGUGUGUGGUGAAAUUCCCAAUGCCGUCAACCAGUUCCAGGAGGCAUGCAAAGUUCUAGCAAAAGCAUAUGGAGAAACAGCUAAAGAAUGUGCAGAGGCUUACUUCUACUAUGGACAGUCACUGCUAGAUCUCGCCAGAAUGGAAACUGGUGUGCUUGGAAAUGCUCUGCAAGGAGUUCCUGAGGAAGAAGAAACUGAAGAUGAUAAAAAACCCACUGAACAGUUUGAACCAGCAGACAUAAAUGGAGAAGAACGGGAAAAGCUUCGUAUGGAAGUUUACGAUGCUAUGGCAGAACAUGAGGGCUCUAAGGAGGGGGAAAAAGAGUGUGAUAAAAAGGAAUCCGAGGGUAAGGAGAAAAUGGAAACUGAUGAGGAAAAAAAGAAGUCUGAUGGUGAACCGUUGAAAAAUGGGACAGUGGAAGGGGAAAAGAAAGAGGAAAAAGAGGAGGAAGGAGAGGAGGAGGGAGAUGAAGAGGAGGGUGAGACGGCAGAAGAGGGGGAUACAGCUGAGGAGGGAGAGACAGCCGAGGAAGGGGACACAGCAGAGGAGCUGGAGACUGCAGAGGAGUCACAGGAAUCACAGGAGGAGGGAGAGGAGGGCAAGAAGAAAGAGAAUCCCGAUGACAUAUCCAAUUUGCAGUUGGCAUGGGAAAUGUUGGAACUGGCCAAAGUGAUCUAUUUAAAAGAUGAAGACAAAAAAUCCAAACUGAAGGCUGCAGAGUCUUUCCUGAAAUUAGGAGAAGUCAGUUUAGAAACAGAAAAUUAUGAGCAAGCAAUAUCAGAUUUCAAAGAAUGUCUUAAAAUCCAAGAAGCUGAAUUAGAACCAGAUGACAGACUUUUAGCUGAAACUCAUUAUCAGCUUGGAUUAGCACAUGGGUUCAACAAACAAUAUGAUGACUCCAUAGAUCAGUAUAGAAAAGCUAUUAAAGUUAUGGAAGCCAAAAUGAAUAAAUUAAAGCAAAAGGUUGAGGAGGGAACACAGGGCAAAGGAAAAGAACCAUUACCUGCUGAUGAUCCAAUUAAGGCAGCCCAGCAAGAAAUCAAAGAUCUAGAAGAAAUUCUUCCCGACAUCAGAAGUAAAAUAGAAGACAUGGAGGAAGAAAAGAAGAAUAUUGAUGAACUGAAAACACUAACAAAAGAAACACUGGCUGCAGCAACAAGUGAACUGAAACCUGCAGAAUCAAAAGAUUCAUCAGAGCCACAGAAGGCAGCAUCAGACAUCAGCCAUCUUGUCAGAAGAAAGAGGAAGCCAGAGGAGGAAAAUGCUGAAGCUGACACCAAGAAAACCAGACAGGAGGAUGGAUCAGGGGACGCUACAACGAAACCGAAUGGUACUGCCAAUGAAAAAUCUGAACCGGAAAGUGAUGCUAAGAAAAAGGAAGCCAUGGAUGUUGAACCCCCCAGAGCUGUAGCUUCAUAGUCUACCUCCCCAUUCUUCAUUCUGAUUGGUGUUUGAUCAGGUCAUCACCCAGGAUGAAUCAUCAAGCAUCACUAUGUACAUUUUGUGCAACUUCAAACUGCUAAUUUGUGAUAUUUAUUGACAUUGUACAUACCAUUGCAUGUUGGAGAAAUGUUUACCAAAUUAAGAAAUGAUUCCAUUGUUCCAAUUUUCACUACACAAUAAAGCAGCUAUCAAGAA